AUGGGCGUUAUUAAAGAAGUCUGCGCAUUCUUCCAUAAGUCAGCCAAAAGAACUGAAGUAUUAAAAUUAACCAUUACUGAAUGUUGUCCUGAACAAAAGAAAAAGAAACUUAUUUCUUUAUGUGAAACAAGAUGGGUGGAGAGGCAUGACUCGGUGCUUUUAUUUAAGGAACUAUUGGAACCCGUCAGUCUUUCCCUUUUGAAAAUUGAAGAAGAAUCAAGUGACUCAGCGCCUAAGGCACACGCUCUAGGUAGUUCUAUCACUCAAUUUCAAUUUCUUGUAAAUACUUUUGUUUUGAGCCAUAUGCUGUCUAAAACACAUAACUUAUCUGAGAAUCUUCAAAAAAAGAACUUAGAUCUCACACAGGCUGUGAAAAAUGUUUCGAAUGUCUUAGAUCUGCUUUCAAAAGAAAGGGAAAAUGCCGAUAACAACUUUAAAGUCCUGUAUAGUCAAAUACAGGAGCGGGCUGACAAACUUAAGAUUAAAGAGGAGGUUCCUAGAAUUUGCCGCCUUCAAACAGCCCGCAACAACGUUCCAUACAGUACCCAAGAAGAGUACUAUCGCCGAGCUGUUUAUUUACCUUACCUAGACGAUUUUUGCAAUUCGCUGAAGGAACGCUUUGAGUCUCACAAGGAAACAGUUGCAUCCUUACAAAACAUCCUUCCAGAAUUUUGUAUCAAAACUGAUUUCUGUGCAUUGGAACCUGCUUUCAAUUCCUAUGAAGAGGAUUUGUCCCAUAAAGAGGUUGUGGAAAGCGAGUUCAUGCUGUGGAAAGAAAGGUGGAGCCAAGAGAAGUAUGAAAAUCUUCCCAAGUCAGCCGUAAGCUCUCUUGAAAAAUGUGACCAAGAUUUCUUCCCAAACAUUUAUGUUCUAUUAAAACUGCUAGCAGUUCUGCCUGUUUCUGUGGCAACCGUGGAAAGAUCGUUCUCAAGUUUAAGAAGGCUAAAAACAUACUUGAGAAAUAGCACUUCGGAAAAUAGGCUUAAUGGGCUAGCGUUGCUUUCAAUCCACAGAGACUUUGCAAUAAGCAAUGAAGAAGUUCUUGACAAGUUUGCGAGUGUACCAAGAAACCUUGAUUUUGUGUUGUAA